AUGCAGUUCUUCGCCAUCGCCGCUCUCGUCGCCACCGCCGCCGCCCUUCCGGCCCUCGAGGUCCGCGGAUCGGACGCUUGCCCGACCGACGGUCUCUACACCAACCCCUUGUGCUGCAGCACCGACGUCCUCGACGUCGCGAGCCUGGACUGCAAAGUUCCCAGCGAGAGCUUCUCCGGUCCCCGCUCCUUCAGAAGGGUCUGCGCCAAGCAGGGCCAAAAGGCCCAGUGCUGUGCCGUACCUGUCGCCGGACAGGCCCUCCUGUGCAUGGACGUUAUUGGCGCUUAA